UACACCAGUCUGCUUCUAAUGACAUUGUAUUAACCAAUAUUACAGACCAAGUAUGGGCAAAAGAUGAUAUGAUAUGGAGAUAUUUAGGAACAGAAAACGGAUUUUUCAAGAUUUUUCCAGGAACAAUGCUGUCUGAUAUCCAUUACGAUCCAAGGGAUGAUAUUUGGUAUAGAAAAGCUGCCGAAAAUCCUAACAAGUAUGUCUUCAUUGACAUGGGAACGCCACAACAAAAUACUUCCUUAUAUGUAACCAUGGCAAAGGUGUUUUAUCAGACAAGCAAUGGUUCAGUGAGUGGAGUUGUAGCAGCAGAUAUGAGCAGACGUCAAUUUUCUACAAUCCUCACAAACAUAAUGACUUCCUGUUUACACUGUUAUAUUGUGGAUGACGCUGGAUAUGUAAUUGGACAAGCCAUUGCAAGUAAGGAUUUAAAAAGGUCUCAUAUAACACAAGUAGCAGGUCCAGUCAGCUUUCUCUUGAUGAAACAAGGAUUUCUGAAGCCAGAGGUAUGUAUGGAUGCAACUUCUGGAGUGAAAAGGCUUGCCUACAGAUUAGAUCUAGGUCGAAAGUGGUCCUUGAUUAGAAAAGCUGGUUGUCAUGACUACACUCUAAUGACUAUAAAUAAUACAAAUUUGUACCUUCUGAGAUACCAAGCAGAUAAAUGUUUUUCUUUGGAUGUAGGGACUUGCAAUUGUCAAGAAAAGUGUUUGCGGUGUAAUAAUCAAAUGGAUUCAAUGUGCCAGUGUCCUUGUACUUGUGUUAACAGAACUACAGAUAACUGUAAUAGUAGUUUUACUAUGACUCAAGGCUAUGCUCCAUGUAGAGAAAGACUGAGACAUUGGAAGACAGUUAAGGCUAUCAAUCUUCAUCAGUCAAACAUAACAGAAUGUCAACCACAGUGUCCCUCAUUGUAA